CUGGAUUAAAGUUCUUGAACUAUUUCAUGCUGAUGUUGGGUAUUCCAGAAAGGUUGAAGAGAUUGAUGACAAAAAUAUUCUAAAAGAUCAAUUGUCCAAACAUCUCAAUGAAAAAUCCAUGCUUCCAAAACCAAUUGAUCUUCUUAAUCCAAAAGCAUUUUAUUUAUUUAAUGAAACUCUAAAUGGAAAAUUAAAAACCCUCACAUCUAAAGGACUUGGUGAACAUAAUGGAGCUGAUAGUCUUACCUUGCAAGAAGUUCUUUCUCGCCCAAGUCUUCAAAAAACCACCCCUGAAGGACUUUUAAGGCACAUAUUUUUUUAUAAUUCUAUAUCGUUAGCACUUUGUGGAGGAGAACAUCAAACUCUACAAAUAAAUAACUUUCUCAAAUGA